AUGACUCAGACAAGCCCUACGGACAAGACCCAAGGGGUCAUAGAUGUUGAAGCAUUGAAGAAAGAAAUUCGUGAGCAAAUUUUAUCCGAACUGAAGGAACAAAAACAAGAACAAAAUCCAGAGAGACCAAAGAGAAAACUUAGUGAAAAACAACUUGCUGCAUUAGCUGCUGGAAGACAGAAGAACCCAC